AUGUCCGGGCGCGCCUCUAUCCAGCUAACAACUGCGCGCUGGCGUGCACCCAGUAUAAUCACCUCUGCGCGUAACUUUUCAACCAGCCCGUGGUCCUUCCAAGGAACUGCCGACACUCGCUCUAGUCAAGAUGUGGACAUCAUCCGCCGCCUGCGCAAGCACGAACGCUCUACCGCAGCUGCUUUGAAUGCCGACCUAGACGACUUCCUGGAUCGCUUCGAUCGUUUCUAUAAACCCAAGUCCACCGUGGAUGAGGGCGUUCAAACCGCAUUACGGCAGAACAAAUAUAUCUCUACAGAACGCUUGAGACAUGACGAGACUGUAGCCACCAUCGGGAAAGAUGUUGUUGAGCAAUAUGAGGAGUUCAGGAAGCACCUCAAGGAUUACGAGGAAGAACCAUACCCUGAGUGGCAACCCGGCGAUUCAGACGUCGUCACUCGUCAAUUGUCUCAGUCCAGUCGAAAGCUCCAGGAUUACGAGGACGAGAAAAAAAUCACUGCCAAGGACGCAAACCGUGGUCUCGACAAGGACGAGGAACACUACCAAGCUCUGCUCAGGACCAGAGAUGCUCUACGUGAAAAGGGUCUCGGGGCUGCUGAGAGGGUCGCCAACGGUUUCAUCAACUCCAAUCGGUCGGUUUACGCUCAUGUAAGCGCUACUCUGGAUCCUGUUGAUCUUGACAGCAUAUCGGAGGACGUUCAAACAUACUCGCCCCUCAAGAAGAAAAGCUCCGUCAAGCGGUCGUAA